AUGUCUCCCUCUCUAACAACCGGCCUCACAAACGGUCUCCAUCAGGGCCUCAGCGAUGGCCAUCAUGAAAAAGGAUUGGAUUUGACGGUGCUUGGGUUGAAUUCUGGCACGUCGAUGGAUGGUGUUGAUUGUGCAUUGUGCCGGUUCAGACAAGAGUCGCCUGAAUCGCCAAUGCAUUUCGAGCUUCUUGCAUAUGAUGAAAUCCCGCUGGAGCCCAAGAUCAAAAAGCGCGUGAUGGAAAUGAUCUUGCACAACAGAACCACUCCCGAAGAACUUUCGGAGGUCAAUGUGCAGCUGGGUGAGACCUUCGCUGCGGCUGUGAAAGAGUUCUCUCAAAAGCAAGGCGUCCCUCUGGAGAGGAUCGAUGCUUUGGGAUCGCACGGGCAGACAAUCUGGUUGCUUAGCAUGCCGGGGCCUGGUCACACAAAAUCGGCUUUGACGAUGGCCGAAGGGUCAUUCCUCGCGUCGAGAACAGGAAUCACAUCUGUCACUGAUUUCCGGAUUUCGGACCAAGCAGCCGGUCGGCAGGGCGCUCCCUUGAUCGCCUUCUUCGACGCACUGGUCCUUCACCACCCUACCAAACUCCGAGCAUGUCAGAAUAUCGGCGGUAUAGCGAACGUCUGCUUCAUUCCUCCGGACAAGAACGGCAAAUUAAAUCCCGACUUUUUCGAUUUUGACACCGGCCCGGGGAACGUCUUCAUUGACGCGGCAGUGCGGUAUUUUACCAACGGAGAGCGCGAGUAUGACAAGAACGGCGAGAUGGGUGCUGCAGGGACCGUAGAUCAGGAGAUGGUGGACGAGUUCCUGCAGACUUUCCCAUACUUCAGCCUCGAACCACCAAAGACCACAGGACGUGAGGUGUUCAGGGACACCAUUGCUCACGCACUUAUCGAACAGGGCAAGGCCAAAGGAUUGUCGACAAACGACAUUGUUGCAACGAUAACUCGUAUCACCGCUCAAGCCAUCGUCGACCAUUACCAUAGAUAUAUGCCACAAGGGUACGGUCCUCUGGCGGAAAUCUUCAUGUCUGGCGGCGGAGCGAAAAACCCCAACAUCACCCGUUAUAUGCAACAAGCUUUCCCCGACACCCGAAUCGUGAUGCUUGACGAGGCUGGCAUCCCCGCGGACGCAAAGGAGGCCAUCACCUUUGCAUGGCAAGGGAUGGAGGCAAUCGUGGGACGGAGUAUUCCGAUACCGAGUAGAGUAGAGACGCAGAGGCUGUAUGUGCUUGGAAAGGUCAGUCCAGGUGAGAAUUAUCGCAAGGUUAUGAAGCAUGGAAUGGAUUUUGGCGCAGGGAGCGAUCAUCUGGAACCGGUGACGGAGUUGGUGAAUUACGUGAAGGGCAACGUCUUUGACAACAAAUGGUGA